UGUUACUCAGCAAUUCGCUGCGAUGUGUAAAUAAGGAGUGAACCUGAUGUUCUUAUGCGUUAAUAAACUGUGCCUUGUUAUUGGGAAUGUUCACGUAAACGUAAACCAACUUUUAAUUAAAAUGCAUAGGAAAUCUUUCCAACGUUCAUUAAGUUGUAGUUGGCAUCAGUUAAAUGCUAAGCAAAUUCCAUCUAAUUUAAAAGGUAAAAGUAAAAGCUCUCAAGAAUGGUUAUUGCGGCAAUUGGCUGAUCCUUAUGUGGAAAAGGCGCGCAUGAUGAAUUAUCGCUGCCGCAGCGCAUUCAAAUUGUUGGAAAUCGAUGAUAAGUAUAAGAUAAUCUCACCAGGAAACAUCAUAAUCGAUUGUGGAGCCGCACCUGGUAGUUGGACACAAGUAGCAGCUGAACGUUGCAAUGCAAAUGGGAAAGUUGACAAUAAACCUUUGGGAGCAGUUUUUAGUAUUGACCUCUUGCACAUACAUCCCGUAACGGGAGCCACUAUACUUGGAGGCAUGGAUUUUACUAAAACGGAGUCGCAGUUACGUUUAAAAAAGGCAUUGGAUGGAAAACGAGUAAAUUGUGUGCUAUCGGAUAUGGCUCCUAAUGCCACCGGAGUUAAGAUGAUAGACCAGGAAAAUAUUAUUAAUUUAUGCUACGCAGUUCUAAAGUUUGCUUUAGCUAUGUCAUCGACUCAGGCUAACUUAUUGAUGAAAGUCUGGGAUAACGCUGAUGUACCAAAGUUGGAAAAAGACUUGGAGCGUUUCUACGCGAAUGUGAAACGCGUUAAGCCUCGAGCGAGUAGAGGUGAUUCAUCUGAACAUUUUCUGUUGGCUCGCAAUUAUAAAGGCAUAGACCACGUUGCAAAUCAUUUCGAAUCGAAUCGUGGAAAGUCGUAGCUUUCAAUUUUAAAUUCUUACAAUAUUUUUAGAUUUUAAUAAAUACAAAAGCAAGUUUGGUAAUAAGUUUCCUUUGCAAGGAACCAUAAAG